AUGCGCACCACGGUGCCUGUCAGUACCAUAGCAACAGCCACAGCGCAGAGACAUCCACACAUGAUGGCAAAAGCAACAACAAUUCGAGAGGCUCUGUCUAAAUGGGAGGAAAGGACCGGAGAAAAAGCUAGUGAAGCCAAAGCUGUGAAGCUUUAUGCUCAGGUGCCACCUAUAGAGAAGAUGGACGCCGCUCUCUCAACGCUCAGCAAAUGCGAGAAACUCUCACUGUCCACAAACUGCAUUGAGAAAAUAGCGAAUCUCAACAGUCUAAAAAAUUUGAAGAUAUUAUCUCUGGGUCGAAAUAACAUCAAAGUACUGUCUGGGCUCGAGGCUGUUGGCGAAACACUGGAGGAGUUGUGGAUUUCCUAUAACUUAAUUGAGAAACUGAAGGGCGUACAAUGUAUGAAGAAACUCAAAGUGUUGUACAUGUCCAAUAACCUGGUCAAAGAAUGGGUGGAGUUUGUGAGGUUAGCUGAUUUGCCGUGUCUUGUGGACCUGGUUUUUGUCGGUAACCCUUUGGAGGAGAAGCACUCUGGUGAAGGAAACUGGGUGGAAGAGGCGUCAAAGAAACUCCCCAACUUAAAGAAACUGGAUGGAACACUGGUGAUCAAAGAAGGAGUGGAGGAAGCAGAAGACGAGACAAACUGA